AUGGCUAAGCCGUGGACCUCAUCGCACGCUCACACCCAGCCCAACCGCGAAAAGCAACAACCCUCUAAAGAAAAAGACGAACCUUCAACUGACUCCCCCAAGAACCGCAACUCGGUCCGCUUCAGCACCUACAGCAUGGCUCCCUCGCUGACUCCCACCGUCGGAACCACCGACUCUGCCCACGCCGAGAUCCGCGACAUCGCUACCGGCCUCGAUCGUAUGGAGAACAAGGCUCUUUCUUCUCAGCGCGUCGUCCUCACCGAUGAGAAGACAGACACCAUGAGCAAGCUCGCCCUCGGUGCUAAGCUUGAGCGCGCUCUCGACCGGAGAAUGAGCGGCCAGGAUGCUGUCAUGCGACCUCGUGGCCAGAGCCUCAACGAGAAGCUCAGCGAAAAGGAGUAA